AUGAGUGAUUCGUUAAGUCAAGCUCAAGGAGCCGAUGGUCCCCAAAGGAGCACUACCAAUCCCAGUUCUAAAAAGCGACCGAAAAUCACCUUUAUUGAUCCCUCUGAAUGGGCUAAUCUGCAGACGACAUCUAUCGGCCCCACAAAAAACGAAAUCAAUCAAACAUUACAGCAACGUUUAGUUGAUAGACAGUCCCGUGUGAACAGAAUAGAAGAGUCUGAGCCCGUGGGUCGCAGGCCGAGAAAGAAAAUAAAACAUCAGAGAUCAAGGCGUGGCAGACCAAGAAAGCGUCCUAUCGAUCCUAGACGGCCUUGGAUUGAGAGUGAUGAUGAGGAAGAUGAUUAUAUUCCUCCAGGAGAAGACGACUCUGAUGAUGAAGCUUUUCUUGAACGACUUGCAGCAGAAAAAGAAAGAGAAGAAGCCGAAGAAAGGAGAAGGAAACAAGAAAUGCAACGUCUUCGCCAGCAGAAACGAGAGGAGCGUAGAUAUAGAGCCACUGGUAGGCCAGGUCGCCCUCGAACUCAAGUUGUCGUUGCACGUCUCUACGCUAAUUCUAAUGAGGACGGUCAGUCAUCAAAAGCCAGUGAGGCGAGUGACAUUGAAGUCGCAGCUUUAGAUGAUGUUAUUGAAGAAGACCACGUUGAAGAUAUUUUCGAUUUACCUCCACCGCCUUGUGCUGAAGAUGUUAUUAUGAUGGAGGAGGGCGCAGAUUUAAAUUUAGAACCAGCUCCAGGUUCCGAUUUCCCUCGCAUGAGUUCUAUUGUUUCCCGUCGUAAAGCUCCACCACUUAUUCUUCCUCCUUCAAGUCGGGAUAUUAUCUGUCCUCAACAAUACCUUGUUGAUGCCGUUUCAAUUUACGAGCAUCUUCGUAGAUUUGGCCGUCUAUUGAAGCUUUCCCCGUUCCGCUUGGAUGACUUCCUCUCGGCGAUUAUGGCAAAUGAAAACUCAGGACUGCUUUCAGCUAUUCAUAUCUCUCUUCUCAAAGCGUUAAUUAAAGAGGAUGAGAAUAACGGAACACAUUUCUGUCCACCAGAUUGCAAGGAUGCAGUCUCACUCUUAUUUGGCUAUGUUCUUGAUCAGUACACGUGGCCUUAUGUUCUCUCACUCUAUUUGAGUUCAGUUAAAUCUGGUGAAAUUCCUGCUUUAGAGGCUCUUGCUCAUGUGGGAAAUUCAGCGGCUUUAGCAUGGAGUAACACUGCAGGAGCACUCACUGCAAGUGGCGGCACUGAUAGUGUUGUAACAACCAGUCUCUUCUUUGAUGGAGAUGAGUGCGUGGUUCCACUCGAUCCCUCCUAUCCCUUUGUGUCCAUCUCCAAGAGGUUGGCUGUUCUCCGUGGUCUGAUUGGCUUAUUCCUUGGUACUGGUGCUGUUCGAGCCGAUGUAUUGCGCGAAGGUAUGAUGGCCCAUGAUGAUUUCUGUCGGGUUUGUAGACUUAGUGGGGAGUUGUUGUGCUGCGCUACCUGUCCUGCGGUGUUUCAUCUCACCUGCCUAACUCCUCCACUGGAAUCGGUGCCACAGUCCCAGUGGUGGUGUCCUCUUUGUGUAGAGGAACAUGAAAUGUAUGGGGAUAAGAAAAUCCCUAAAUCUCGUGGAGAAGCAAAAAUUCUACCCCUUGGCUAUGAUCGUGCCGGUCGCGUUUACUGGCACCUCGAAGGCCGUCUUUUUGUCGAACCAUCGGAUUUCGCACAACGGGAGCCUAAACUGCCGGGUUUGAUGGAGGGAGUUCGAGAUGAGGAGUGGGAGAAGUUAGAAGCCGACGACCCCACUGAUGAUCUUGAAGACUUCGAAGACACUAAUAGCGAAAAUAAUCAGAGUGUGAAAGAAGAGGAAGACGAAGCUCCUGAAGUUAAUAUUCCUACGGAUCCUUAUGUUGCUUACGCCAGUGAGCCACCGGUCUACUACUACUCCUCACUUGAAAGCAUCUGCUUAGUUCGUCAGCGUCUUUCAACCAAAUGGGAGCGAGGUCUGUGUGCCAAUUUUGACAAUCUUAUUACUCAGUUGGAAAAGACGAAACCGAAAACUGAGCCCAAAGAAGAAGAGGGUAGAGAAGUUGAUGAAAUUAACACUGUGAUAAAGGAAGAGGAUGAGGUGGCAAAGUGGCCAAAAGCUCUUUCCCUUCUGCCUUCUCUCAAUGCUUCCCAAUUGAAUGCUCUUUUUGCCAAUUCUCAACUUGCAAUGUCUCCUCAAAAAUGCGAUGACAAUAACGGCGAGUCGCGGGCUCCCGCUCCAAUGGAAAUCGCUUUUCUUCUGGAUUUAUCGGGUGGAAUUCUUAUCCACAAUCAGGAUGGGUUAUUUGAUAACUUUCCAAUUCCUCCGGAAAUCCAUUCUCAAAGAAUAAAGGAAACGCGUCCGGCACUUGUUGAUCUCUCAAUUCCACCUACAAGCCAUCUGGAUCCGUUAUCCCGUUGGCGCAGGUGGAGAAACACGCUUUCAGAAGGUGUUUUCGUCCCCAAUCCCACCAUUAUGGGGGAUAACGGUUCAGCAGAGCUUGUCAAUAUCGCUCUCACCCGGCCGGAACAGCAUGACGAGAGGGAAAAGCACCGAUCUCUAGCAAAUAAAUUCUGCCUCUCAGAUGCUGCUAUGGCUGCCUGGAAGUGGUUGAAUGCUGAAGCAACGGCUGAAAUGAUUCAUCGAGCAACUGUUGGGAAGGAGAGACCUCUUAAAGAUGACUAUUUUGCCAAAAGACGAGCCGAUGCUGUUGGUCCACAGAGAUGGCUUCACACCAUGAAACUUACUCUUUGCUACAUGGAGUCUUUGCUACCAUCUGGGGCCAUGUGUCCAGCUUGGCGAAUGCUUCGCAAAGAUUGGAUAGAAGCUGUUCUCAGGUCUUCCUCUGUUUUCGAACUAACUGAUCUCUUGGGUCGUCUCGAGGCCUCCAUUAGACAGAUAUCAUUCCUUCGAACUUGGAUGGCUACCAUGGGUCCACUGCAAUUGGAUCGUUUCACUUCGGCCCAAAGGGAGGAAGAGAAACGGAAGAGAGCUCUCGAACGCGUUACUACAGCCGCCAACGCAGUUCCAACUAACUUGGUUCGAACUAAAACCGUCCAGCCUGUGCCUCACACUGUUUGGAAGACUCGUGGCGAAGAGUACAGACGUUUAGGAGGCGAUGGUUGGCAAUGGUACAGCUCUACUCGUCAAAAAGCUCCAGAACUGAACAGAAAACCCCUUAUGGAUCAUAAUUUACCCACUGAUAGGCCUACUUAUCUUGGCCUGGGAUGGGGUGUGCAACCUGAACUCUUAUCGUCAUCGCCUCAUAAUAUUGCUCCAAGCGCCACUCCUACUCUGGGUACGCGGAAAAUAACCUCAAACACGCAUCCUAUCACCGGCGUUCAAAUCUCACAAAAUGUUCCUCGUACAAUUUACCGUAUACCCAGAGAAAUGAUUCAAGAGAACUCAGAGUUCUUCGUUGAUGGAGUUAUUGAUAUAUCUAAAUGCCUCAGAGAAGGUGGUGGUAAUUUCUAUCCUGUGCCAAGUAAAUCAGUGGAAAAGGAAUCUAAACAGCAUUUAGUUAACCAUCGACGCACUGAAUUUCGCUUGGAUUCCUUGCUUGCACUUCGUAUGGCUGCUGAUGAACGUGGUAAAGCUUCUGCUGAAUCUGCGACCAUCGAAUUGGCUGCUCUCAGGCAGGAACGUGAAGAAUUGCUCUCCCGAAUGACAGAGAUUCAAUCACGCCUUUCUGAAUUGGCUAGCAAAGCACAGGAGGCUCGCAGUGAGCAUGCUAGAGCCGUCAAAGCACGUCAAACGUCUAUUAAUGAGAUAAAAGCGGAGAAUGAGAGACAACUUGCCCAAUCUCGAAGUGGUGCAAAUCCGAUGAGACGACCUGGUGGUGGUGGCGGAAGGGGUCAGCAAACUCCCGCUUCUAGGAACAACUUAAGUGUUUUCAGACCACCCGCUGCGAAGAGAGUCAAACGAGAUGAAAUCUCCAACUUUGAAUCGGCCUUGGUGGCAAGUGGAGGCGAAUCAGAUGAAUCUAGAGCUACAUCAUCCUCGAAACCAGGCAGCAGCAACGCUGAAUCGAGUGGUCUUCGACGUAGUUCCCGUCGUCAAAAGACUAAGAGUGUGGAUCCCGAUUUCGUAAUGGAUUUUUGUGAAGAUGAGGACGAGGAAGAGGAGGAGUUUGUCGGUGAAAAGGUCGUCGGCGAUGAUGAAGACGGUGGGGACGUUAUGGACGUAUUCAGAUCUCGAGGUGCUCGUAUUCCACAAUUUGACGGCGCCGCUGAUGACGAUGGUGGCACCAGUGACGAGGAAGUGGAAAAUUUCGGUGUGGAUGAGAACAAUGAUGAGCAGAAUCGUGUGACGAUAAAAAUUAGUGACACGGCUAAAGCAACACAACUCAAGUCCGUUAGCGUUACACCAGUGAAGACAAUACCCAUCACUCCUCAAGUUCGUGCUACAACUGGUGGCGUUAACCCUGUUGGAAAAAGUCUUCUUGCUUUGGCUAUUGAAGGCAAAACUCCUCAGAUUAUCACUAACCAAUCGACACCAAACGGAGAAUCAGCGUCAAUUGAAUCAACUAUUAGAAUCAUACAGGCUCCUACUUCUGCGAGUGCUACUACGAUAUCCACCAACGUCAGUCAAGGACCAAUGCGUUUGGUCCGAGUUCUAAAUUCAACUGCUCCCUCUGGAACUUCAGUACUUCGGCCAGUUGCUCCUGCCACCCCUGCCGCUCCCAUGUCGGGAAAUCUUAUAAUCCCAGCAUCAACAGACUGUGCCUUGCAGAAGUCUCUCAUUCAGCUUUCGUCAAGCAGCGGUGUUAUAGUGACACAGGCAUCUCAGCUCCCUGCCGGCUAUCGGCUGAUAACUCCUUCCAGUCUUCCCACUGCUGCCUCAGGACCUCGACAACCGCUGAAUAUAGUUCAGGUGGUUCCCCCUACACAAGCCACUGCCUCCCAACAGCUAUUUCGUCCUCGUCAACCGUCUACAGCCUCAUCUUUAAUCACCAUUGCCCCUUCGCCUAUGCCCAGACCUCAAAUGCGUCCUCUCUUGCCUUCUCCAUUCUCUAGUGGUGGGGUGGCUCAACAGAAAUCUGGUCUUGCUCCACGCAUGGUCCGCAUGGUAACCCAACCUAUGCAACUCGACCCUCGAUUGGAUGAAGCUGUUAUUGAAGCUGCUAAUAAGCAUGCAGGCGUGAAUGAUCUCGACAAAAAUCUACAACAGUGUAAGUUAAUCGGUGGUGAUGGAAAUUUACCAAUACACGUUUCUCUCUUUCAGUUACAUGAUCUUGAAUCCAAGUUGGCUGAACUGAAGGCGCGCAUUCAGGAGAGAGAGGAUAUCGUAGCACGUGGAACUCAAUCGACAGCCAAACGAUACUCCCUCAACCCAAUGGACAGUUCCCUUCUGAAACGUCUGAAUCGAGCCGCCGUUGCAAGAUGUGGUGAUUCUACUGAGAAGUACAUAACAGCGCUGCAGAAGAGACAUUUUGUGCACUUACCCAGUAAAACUCCCCAAGUUAAUCCCUACGCUUGGCCUCCUGAUGCCUUGUGUGAGUGCCGAAUAUCCUCAAGUUAUCCUCAGAAAAAUCAAGCGACCUAUAAGCCCGUUCCGAAUCUCUUCCGACUGAGUCGAUCUAGCUUGAAAUUUUUAAUUCGCCAUGCUGGCAGGGUAGAAAUCCCCGGUUAUGAUGCUGAAAAGAAACGACUCACUUCUAUAAACUGGAUAUAUCCAACAAGUCGGCCUUGCUUUGCAGAGACCUGGCGAUAUCGACUACGUCAAAUAAUCAUCGCAGACCAAUCAGCGGAGUCUAGUUGUGGUUCCUUGAAUUCCCCCUCUCAUUAUGGUGUUUCCAUGGCAAAUCUUGCGACACAUUUACGUCUUUUGUGGCAUUCACUACGUUGGGAUGAGAUUACAACGUUUGCAGCUAGAUGCGACGAGGCGACCCUUAUUGAUGAUCGAUAUUUCCUCAAAUUGACCAUUCCAGAGAGUCAUGGUGGUGGCUACACUUUAAGGAGAGUUGUUGGGGUUAAACCUCUGGACCCCUAUUGGUUACGAGCAAAUUUCCUCGUGGAGACAACGACCCACAAAUCCCCGGUGGUACGCAAACGUCCCGCUCCACGAAGCAAUAAUGCCUUGAGCAAUGGUGCUGACGGUGGUGGUGAGUUCAUCAAAACCCCCGGAAGAAGGGGACGUCGGCCUGGUAAGGGUAAUAGCAAGGGCAAAGCAGAUCCCGAUUACGAUCCAGCAGCGGAUGAAGGUUGGCGAGUUGGAAUACCCUGUUCUGCGCGUUCUCGCCGAUCACGUAGACUCAAUUAUAACGAGAAUAGCAGUGAUUUGGAGACAGAUCAACAGGAAGAUGGUGUGGAUGAGGAGGAUGAGGAUGGAGAAAAUGGGCAGGAGGCAUCGGACAAAUCUGGCUCUCGUAAAACGACACUUGAGUGGACCUCUGAGGAGAACUUGGAGUUGUGGGAAAUCAGAAAUUUCUUUGAUAGUCUCUUGCCUCUUGAUACUCCAUACCCACCGUCAGUUCCCCGACUUGCUCUUGAAGGACUUCCACAAGCUCUCGUUGAAGAAUUAUCUCCCAUUUCUACCGUUAAAGAGGAUGACACUAAAGAUAAUAUUAAACAACUGCUCGGCACGAAGUCGUCAGAAGGACGUUGGAUCCAGCCUUCUUGUCUGCUUCCUCCAGAGGCUCUGCGUCCUCCUUCGCCCAAACCACCUUCGCCACCUGCCCCAUUGCCACCACCUCCAAGUAUCGUUGUUAUGGAAUCAGCGGGAUCGUCGCAAUCUCUUGUGGGAUCAUCUAUUGCUCCUUCUACUCCACUUUCCCCAUCCUCAUCAUUCCGUCCUUUGAUUGUCAGUUCAAAUCGUCAUCCUACUACUCUCCCUCGUACAGCACAAGUGGGCACGACCAAUAGACGCCGAACCUCCGAGUUACAGCUGACAACUCCAACAGUUCGGUCUAUGCAACAACAGCACCAGUCUCUAUCGCAAGCGAAGCGCCCCAACGCACCCCUCUCACCAAACACAGAAGCUGCAAGGGCACGAGCUCGCUCGCUCGCCGCUUCACAUGCGGCGCGUAUCUCUGCGGCCAACCGACGUUUUAGAAAUGAACGCGCUGCUGUGGAGAAUCGAGUGUCAGCUCUCCUUCAGGAGAUGGACAAUCGUCGAAGACUGACUGUCAAAUUCUUAGCUCUUCAGGUUCAGGAGGAAGUCCUUCAAUCAAGAAAACCUCCUCAACCAGAGGAAACUGUUGAAUCGAUUCCCACGCCAUCUUCAUCUGUGGUAGCGGUGCCAACCUCUCAACCUAAAGGAGCUAAGAAGCGUCUUAAGGUGGCUAAGAAGGCAAUCAAGAGUGAAAAAGACGAGUCAACUGUAACAGCUACUCCCUCUGGUGAUCAAACCCUGCAUCAGGUAAAACCCGCUUCAAAUCGCAAGCGUGCUGCUGUCGGCAGAUCAUCAAAAUUGGCAAAGCGGCGCCGCAGAACAUCUUCGGCAGAAUCUCUAACGCCUUCAACUGAACCCUGCACUGAUUCCGACGAGACUCUGCUUGCUAUCAAACUCUCACCAGAAAAGAAAAAAAGUAAAAAGCAUGUUACGAAGAAAAAAGGGCCAGAUGAAUUGCAUUCAAUGAAACCACAGGAUGCUACUCCGAAACGUCGCACUGGUAGAUCAAUUAACAUUUCGGGUCGUGGACGUGGUGGAAAACGUCCUCAAGCUUCUCCAUCCUCCCCACAUUCUACCACCAACGACAACAGCGUCAGCACUGCAACUGCGGGGCGCAAGAUUCGAGGUCAGCCUAAGACAACAACGUCAUCAUCGAUCAAAGCUCGAAUGCCUAUUCGAACUCCCCGUUACCUCCUUGAUGAAGAGUCGGUAAAGGCAGAACAGCAUACUUCCGAUUCGCUCCCACCUAUCAGUUCUAAGAAAACGACUUCCGAUACCACAGUUGCUGCUGUGGAACAAGGGAAACUUUAUUGUUUGUGCCGGAAACCCCAUAAUCCUGAUGAGGCCUACAUUGGCUGCGACCUCUGUCAAGAUUGGUUCCACUUUACCUGCGUUGGACUCAAUCCGGAUACGCCUCCGGAAGAGAUUGGUGAUUCAUGGCUCUGUCCAGAAUGCCGAAAAGCGGAGGCAAAGACGAAAGAUGAAGUCUACUGCAUCUGUCGAACACCAUACAACCCUGCUCGGGUAUACAUCGCGUGUGACCGUUGUGACGAGUGGUAUCACCCUGAAUGUGUUAACAUGAAACCAGAGGACGCCGCUAAUCUUGAGGGAUCUUACAUCUGUCCUUCUUGUUCCACCACGAAGGGAUCUUCUUCCUCAAAGAAAUCAUCACGAGUCAGGAAGAAGCCAAGAGAGAAGCAGGCUCAUGUUGAUAAUGUGGGAGUGCCAGGGGAAGAAGUCGAAAGCAGUGAAGUCUCCAGCGGAACUAUUUACGAAACUCCUCUGACUGAACCAAUAAAGAAGGCUGUUGAGGAUAUAUUGGAAGAUCUCAGUAAACACAAACUCGCGUGGCCGAUUAUGGAGCGCCUACCUCUGAAUGUACAAACUCCAUCGUUGCAAAGCCCUAUAGACAUAAACAGUUUUAAGGCAGCAUUUGAGAAAGGGGAGUACAAAUCAUUGGGCGAUGUAUCAUUCGCUGGAAACCGUCUCUUCUCAAAUGCCAGAUCGGCCUUCGAAGUAGGGUCGAAUGCUUUGCACUGUGUGGAAGUGUUGGAAUCUUUCUUCGUUCAUCGUAUGAAGGAGGUGCGUGCUCUCACUGAACAGCAUCAACAACAAGGAGAUUCAUUAUCUUCUUAG